AUGCACGGACUAGAAGUGAAAGACCUCGGGCUAGUGACGAAAUUUCUUGGCAUGGGAGUGUCGUACGACGACAAGAUUGGGUAUGCACUUGAGCAAAAUCGGUGCAUUCGAGAGCUACUUGCCACAACUGGACUUGAUCUGGCAAACCCAACGCGAACUCCUACUGGAGAAGAUCAAGACGGUGAAGGUGAAGGCGAUUUACUACCUAGAGGGAGCGGUGGAACAGCAAAGCAACCGACAAUCGCCACGUUUCAGUCGCUGAUUGGAAGUCUACUUUGGAUCGCUCGUUGCACAAGACCUGACAUCGCAUUUGCCGUUUACUGA